AUGGCUAUUGAACUAGGUAUGCUUUAUGAUGAUAAGCAGAUUUAUUCAAGUACUAACACUCUUUAUUUAGAGGAGAGGCAACAGGAUAUGUGUCCGAUUUGUAAGACAGAUAGAUAUUUAAGUCCCGACAUGAAAUUUCUUGUGAAUCCAGAAUGUUAUCAUAAAAUGUGUGAGUCUUGUGUUGAUAGAAUUUAUGCUUUAGGUCCAGCACCAUGUCCAUAUCCAGGUUGUGGUAAAACAUUAAGAAAGGCUAAAUUCAAAGCUCAAAUAUUUGAUGAUAUAGAUGUUGAAAGAGAAGUUGAUAUAAGGAAAAGAGUUUCACAAAUUUUCAAUAAAAGUGGUGAUGAUUUUACAGAGUUGGACAAAUAUAAUGCAUAUUUGGAAGAAGUUGAAACUAUAAUUUUCAAUUUAGUUAAUAAAAUAGAUAUUGAAGAAACUGAGGCAAAAUUAUCAGUUUAUGAAGAACAUAAUAAAAGUAAAAUUUUGGAAAAUAAUAAUAAUAGAGAAAAAGAAUAUGAAGAUUUUAAGAAACAAGAAGAAUUAGAUAAAGAAUUAAGAUUAAAGAAAAUCAUGCUUGAAAAACAAAUUGAACAAGAAGAAAAAGAAAUGAAUGAACAGGCAAAGAGAGAAAUUCUGAAUAAACUAUCAACUUCACAGGAUCCAAAUCAAAUGAUUAAUCAAAUCAAAUCAUCAACAUUGAAAAGAUCUUCAGCAAGACGUAAACAAUUGAAUGAAAUCAUCAAAUCAUUAAAUUCAAAAGGAAACCCUCAAGAACAACAAGAAUCAAAUACAGUACCUUUCACUCCAUUCAAUGGUGAUAGAGUACUUGUCAAGAAUUUUAAUCCAUCAGAAGAGUAUUAUGAUCCAUUUAUUGAUGAAUUACAGAAAAAGAAGGAUUAUAUUGCAGCAGGUUUCAAAGCUGAACAAGUUUAUGAUAGAGUUUUAAGUGAAGCUUUUAUGGGAUUAGGUUGUUUUAUUGAACAAGAAAAAAGUUCUAUAGUUGAAGUAUAA